GAAGUAUACUAAUGUGGCUGGGUCUUUUGGCAGGUGGUGCUCACAUUGCAACAUGUAUUUCUAUCCCUGAGAUGUUUAUGCUGUAGCAAAAUGCCAACAUGCUAUCUAUGGCUCCUGCUGAUCUUGCUGGUCCUGCAUACAGGGACUGUGAACAACGUUUCAGGGAUAAGCUGUUCAGCAAAAAUCAAGGACGGCACGGAUGUUCAAAUUGAAUGCAGCUUACCUGUGGAUAAUAAAGUGGCUCAAGUGAACUGGGUAAAUAUACAGGAUUCAAAAAGAACACUGAUUGCUGUGUAUCAUCCCCAGUUUGGUCUGCAUGUCCAUCAUAACAGUUCCAAAGUGAAACUCAACUUUCAGUCUAGCACACAGAUGGAGCUGAUUGUCAGCAACUCAGAUGGUGCCAAGAACAUCACCUUUUGUGGUCAAUUUCACAUGUUUCCUAUUGGGAUUGUGGAAGAAUGUGCGGUCGUGGAUAUGCCAGAUCAACAGUAUACAGUUGCUGCUUCUGCACAUCUCAAAGUUGUGACAGCUGUUGUUGUACUGCUCUGCAUCCUGGUUCUCGGUGCACUGUGCUGUUUCAAGCUGAGAAGGAUGACAAGGAUGAAGCUCUUUGAUGUGCGGCAAGUAUUUCUGGUUGAUUCUGAGGCCAACACAGCAGAACCAGAAGGUGGUGAAGUCUCCAGGCUUUAUAUGAUGAUUAAUGCAGACUAUUUUAGUGUCCAUGAAGCCAAUGCAGGGAUGGAAGAGAAGGACCUGCAGCAGCUUUUGCCAGUCUCUCUAGCCUCAUCUAGCUUACAGAAUGGUAAUGAGAGUUAUUACGCAUUGAGAGAAGGGAAACCGACCACAUCUUCUCAGCAGUGCUGAGCCAUCUCUUGGUUCCCUGGUUUCUGUUCAGCAUUCUCUUCUGGCUGGCAAAGCAAUAGCUUUAUUAUUAUUAGUUUCUUUUAUGCAAGCCAUAUUGGAUGGAGCUUGAGAUCAACAUGUGUAAAAGAUCUGGUGGCACACACUUAAGACAAGAAAAGUGGCAUCUGAUUUUUUACAAACACAAAGAAGUUAGGUGGGGGAGGUCUCCUAUGUGACCCUCUCAUUGUUAUCCAGUAGACAUCCUAAUUAAAUACUCGUGACUGUGAAUUUGACCAUUUCAUACAGUCAGUCUGAAUGGGGGUUAGACAUGUAGGCAGACAUCUCUCUUUCUAUUGUGGUUAAAUAGAAAAAGUACUCCUUUUUACACGCCCACCUGAGCAGUACUGUGUUACAAAACAGGUUUUAAGUAGUGGCCUGUGGAUAAAAAUUAACAUAGAGUAGGAGCAGCAUUAAGAGCAAGGUCAGGGGUCCUGUAGCCUUCUUCACUAGCCCUGUAAUUUGUGAGCUAAUUAUUGUUGAAUGAGCUUUGUUGGUGAGAGACUGAAUAAAGGUGAGUCCUCCCACUACACGACGGCAAUAUUAGAUACCCUCCAAUACAGCAAUAAUCUGUGCUGUGGCCAUCAUAACUUAAGAGGUUAACUUAACAUUUAAGAGAGUGAAUGGAAAAUGAAUGGAAAGACAGAUGGAUGGAUGGAUUUUUCUAGACCACUUGAACUAGAUUGGUUCUCUUUUUCUGCAUGUUAACAUUUUACCUAUAAGGAGGCUGAUUAGUUAUUCUUAUUAAAAACUGGACCUACUACUAUUCUGUGCAAUAGCAGGUACAAAUGAAAAAAAUAGUGAUGUUGGAAAGAUUGUAAGAAGAAGAAUGAGAAAGCAAGGCUUAAGGACAACCAUUAAAUAUAAGCUAAAGGUCAAUACUGGGAGUUCAAACAGAAGCAAUUAACAAAUCCAAAAAGUCAUAAAACAAAAGUUCAAAUCAGAAGAAAAGCCAGAAAGUCUAAACUAGUGGUUUCCAAACUUGGUCUUGGGGACCCACGGUGGCUAAAGUUUUUUGUUCCAACCAGACUCACAAUCAGUGAUAACUGAUCUUAUUUAAUUAGCUGGUCUUUUUUUCUCCUCCCUUAUUCUGCAUUCAGAAAAGCACAGCAGUAUGAAUUUUACAUUUAUAAGACAUUUAUAAAUAUUCCUGUUUUUACUCUAGCUUUAAAUGCUUAUCUCUCUUUUGUUGUUUCUAUCAUUUUGCCCUUUUUCGGGUGUAGUGUGCCCCCUUUAUUAUAUUCUAAUAAUGACAAUUAAAAACAAGCAGGCCAAACACCUGGGCAGACAACACUGAAAUCUGCAUCUACUUCAGCAUCAGUCCCACUAAUUAGUAAGUAAUGGACUAAAUAAUUACAGGUAAA